AUGAAUAGAAUAGCAGCGGCGUUGGCCGUCGGGCUCAUGGUGGCGGCUUGCGUCGUGGCGGCGGAGGACUGUUCGAACGUGCUGACUGAUCUGCUGGAUUGCCUGUCCUACGUGAGCAACGGCAGCAAGACGAGCAGCCCCAGCGCGGGCUGCUGCAUCGGGGUCGCCGACGUCGUCAUCGGCUCGCCCUCCUGCAUCUGCGACGCUCUGAAGCAGGCCCGCGAGCUCGGCGUCGAGCUUAACACCAGCCGCGUGCUUGCCCUCCCGGCUGCCUGCGACGUGAAGGCGCCGGAAAUGCGUUGCGGCGGUGGUUCCUCUCUCCCUUGCUCUGCUCUCCUUUAA